GGGGGUCCCUGGCUCCCCCGGUGCUGCCUCGCUGGGGAUUACCGGAUACGGCAGGUGCACCACGGAAUGGUUGUGCCGGUCCUCUCCGGGCUCGGCACGGUUGGUCCCCACCCCACGUGGAUGUUUGGGGCCGUGUUUAUCUUGGGCAACCCUCCCAGCAUCUUCUGUCACCCCGGGAGAGCUCCCCUGGUUCCCGUCUCUCGGUCCGGCUCUGUCCCCUGUCCCGGGGUGAUGCCGGGUCCACCCAGCCCUGUUGUUUCCCCACACCAAGGUAAAACCUCCCUGACCCACCASUUCGUGAAGGGAAAGUUCGUGGAGUGCUACGAGCCCACGAUAGAGAGCACCUACAAGAUGGUGGUGGUGGGCGAGUUCCAGCUGCAGCUGGUGGACACGGCCAGACAGGACGAGUUCCCCAUUCUGUCCCACUCCUUCGUCAUUGGCAUCCAUGGCUAUGUCCUGGUGUACUUGGUGACAUCCCAGCGGAGCUUCCAGGUGGUCAAGACCCUCUGCAAGAGCUGGGGGAAGACCCGUGGUGGGCUCUGAUCCUCCCCUGUGGUGCUGGURGGGAACAAGGCAGACCUGGCUCUGCAGAGCUGGAAAGUGAGGGCAGAUGAAGGAAAGAAGCUGGCAGAAUCCUGGGGGGCCAUUUUCCUCAAGUUCUCGGCCAAGGAGAGUCAGGUGACCCAGGGGAUCUUCAUGAAAAUCAUUGAGGAGAUUGACCGGGGGGACAAUUCCUAUGGCAUAUCCACCAGCUGCCGCCUGAUGUGAUCCCUGGGAUGGGACAGAACCCCCUGGCUGGGCCAGACCACCCCCAGGACUUUCUCCUGGACGAUGGCAGUGACUUUGGGGAGGCCACCACACCGUCMUGCUGUGGUUCAGGACCCCUCACUUUGCACAGACUGUGGGAAUCCUGGGGGUUGGCAGCAGGGUGGGGGUUYUAUCCCAGUCAGGAGCCCCCAGCUCAUCACUGAUGUCCCCCACACACGCACAAGGACAGGUCGGAGCUGUUCCUGCUCCGGSARCCAGGGCUGAAUGCGGGUGUUGUUYCCAGCGUGGGGCUGCAGUCCGGUUGUGCCGGACCCGUGGGAGUCAA